AUGGCGGAUGAGGUUUCAUUGGAGUUAACACUUUCAUGCAGCAGUUCUUCUGGGAAGAGAAGCAGGGACUCUUCGUCCAGUGACAUUACCACCCAAGAAGAGGGAGUUUCCAAGAGGCGGAAGUUGAUCAACAAUGGUGAAGGCGAUGGAUCGAUCUCCAGUGACGAUGAACACGGAAACCAGGCUUCCAAGAUCGCCGCCAUGAAAGUCUACACUGAGGAGGAGGAAGAAGAGGAGAAAAAACUCACCACAAGGUUGCGGUUACACGAGGAUACCUGGACGAUCAAGAAAGUGCUCCAAGAGAGCGAUGUCAAUGGAUCCUCCCGCCUUCUGCUAUCAACACAUGUGGUUGAAGAACACAUCAUAAAGAAAAUGGAUCAAAACCAUGUAGAGAAAAUCUAUUCUGGUGAAGGUGCAAGAAUCACAGUAUGUGACUACGACACUGAUAUGUCUGAAUAUCAGUUAACCUUGAAGAGAUGGCCCUCUACACGAAGCUUUGUCCUCAUUAAUAACUGGAGGAGAGACUUCGAAAAGAGAAGAGGAUUGAAGUGCAACGACGAGAUUGCAAUGCUGUGGGAUCCAUUCAAGUGCAUUCUCUGGUUUCGUGUUCUCAAGCAGGGGUCCUCAUAA